GGGCCGGCUGCUCCCCCCGGGACAGCCAGCGAGAGGAGCCCUCGGAAGGUGACUUCAAAACUGGAGUUACCUGGCUGAGCAGUGCUGGAAUGGCGGCUUUAUCUACCUGAUCAUGCUGCGUCGCUUUAAGCACAAAGCCCAUUCUACUUAUAAUGGCAACAGUAGCAACAGCUCUGAACCAGGAGAGACACCUUCCUUGGAACUGGGUGACCAAACUGCGAAAAAGGGGAAAAGAACGAGAAAGUUUGCGGUCAUUUCCAGGCCUCCUACCAACAAGGCCCCUGAAGAAUCCAAGGGCAACGCUGGCUGUGAGUUUGCCAGUGACCCCAGCACUGAGCUGGAGAACGGCCCAGACCCUGAACUUGGAAAUGGGCAUGCCUUUCAGCUAGAGAAUGGACCCCAUCUAGAGAGGUCAGAAGUGGCCAGAGGGACAGAGCAUGGAAUUCCAAAGACAGAUGCUCCUCUGACCACAAGCAAUGACAAACGCCGCUUCUCAAAAGGUGGGAAGACGGACUUCCAGUCAAGUGACUGCCUGGCACGGGAGGAAGUUGGCCGGAUAUGGAAGAUGGAGCUGCUCAAAGAAUCGGAUGGGCUGGGAAUUCAGGUUAGUGGAGGCCGAGGAUCAAAGCGCUCACCUCACGCUAUCGUUGUCACUCAAGUGAAGGAAGGAGGUGCCGCUCACAGGGAUGGCAGAUUGUCCUUAGGAGAUGAGCUGCUGGUGAUCAAUGGUCACUUACUGGUCGGGCUGUCCCACGAGGAAGCUGUGGCCAUUCUGCGCUCAGCUACUGGGAUGGUGCAGCUGGUGGUAGCCAGCAAGGAAAGCUCUGCAGAGGACCUCCUCAGGCUAACAUCUAAGAGUUUGCCUGAGCUGACCAGCUCCAUAGAGGACGUGUCCUCUUGGACCGACAACGAGGACCAGGAGCCAGACGGAGAAGAGGACGUAGGAACCAGCUCGUCUUCCCUCCGGGGAGCAAUGCCUGGGACAGAUGAGCCCCAAGAUUUGCAUGGCACUGAGGAUUCCAAGGGGAAUGUGGAAAGUCCCAAACAGGGCAGCAGCAAAACAAAGCUCAAGAGUCGUCUCUCGGGGGGUGUACACCGCCUAGAGUCUGUUGAAGAAUAUAAUGAGCUGAUGGUGCGGAAUGGAGACCCCCGGGCCCGGAUGCUGGAGGUCUCCCGAGAUGGCCGGAAGCACUCCCUGCCCCAGCUGCUGGACUCCUCUAGAGCCUCACAGGAAUACCACAUUGUGAAGAAGUCUACCCGCUCCUUAAGCACUACUCAGGUGGAAUCUCCUUGGAGACUCAUCCGGCCAUCCGUUAUCUCUAUCAUCGGGCUGUACAAAGAAAAAGGCAAGGGCCUUGGCUUUAGCAUUGCUGGAGGUCGAGACUGCAUUCGGGGACAGAUGGGAAUUUUUGUCAAGACCAUUUUCCCAAACGGAUCAGCUGCAGAGGAUGGAAGACUUAAAGAAGGGGAUGAAAUCCUAGAUGUGAAUGGAAUACCAAUAAAGGGCUUGACGUUUCAAGAAGCCAUUCAUACCUUUAAGCAAAUCCGGAGUGGGUUGUUUGUCUUAACGGUACGCACAAAGUUGCUGAGCCCCAGCCUCACGCCCUGCUCGACACCCACACAUAUGAGCAGAUCCGGCUCCCCAAACUUCAACACCGGCAGGGGGGCCUCAGUGGGCGGCUCCGAGGAAAGCAGUUCUUCAUCCCUGGGUCGGAAGGCCCCGGGGCCCAAGGACAGGAUUGUCAUGGAAGUAACACUCAACAAAGAGCCAAGAGUCGGAUUGGGCAUUGGUGCCUGCUGCUUGGCCCUAGAAAACAGUCCUCCAGGCAUCUACAUUCACAGCCUGGCCCCAGGAUCCGUGGCCAAGAUGGAGAGCAACCUGAGCCGCGGAGAUCAAAUCCUAGAAGUGAACUCCGUCAACGUUCGCCAUGCUGCUUUAAGCAAAGUCCACUCCAUCUUGAGCAAAUGCCCCCCAGGACCUGUUCGUCUUGUCAUCGGCCGGCACCCUAAUCCAAAGGUUUCCGAGCAGGAAAUGGAUGAAGUGAUAGCACGCAGCACUUACCAGGAGAGCAAAGAGGCCAAUUCCUCUCCUGGCUUAGGUACCUCCUUGAAGAGUCCCUCUCUUGCAAAAAAGGACUCCCUGAUCUCUGAAUCUGAACUCUCCCAGUACUUUGCCCACGAUGUCCCCGGCCCCUUGUCAGACUUUGUGGUGGCCGGCUCCGAGGACGAGGAUCACCCGGGAAGUGGCUGCAGCACGUCAGAGGACGGCAGCCUGCCCCCCGGCCCCCCCGCUCACAAGGAGCCGGGAAAAGCCAGGGCCAACAGCCUCGUGUGCCUGGGAAGCCCGCGGGCCUCUGGGCUCUUCCACAAGCAGGUGACAGUUGCCAGACAAGCCAGUCUCCCGGGAAGCCCCCAGGUCCUCCGAAACCCUCUCCUCCGUCAGAGGAGGGUGGGCUGCUACGAUGCCAGUGAUGAGGAAGAGUUUGAUGGAGAAGGAGACUGCAUUUCACUCCCAGGGGCCCUUCCAGGUCCCAGAAGGUCUCUGACAGAGGAUGACUCUAGGCACGCCUUGACGACCUCUUCCAAGGUCCUGGAUGUCAACAACCCAGAGGAGCAACCUCGGAAAACACUGGUCAGCAAGGCCUGCUCAGCACCUCUCAUCGGCAGCUCAGUGGACCUAGGGGGGAGCGCCCCAGAGGAUACGGUGGACACUCCUUCCCACACGGCCAAGCCGAUGGACUGUGCAGAGGCCCCCAAGCCGGGCACUGGGGGCCUGUGGAAGAAGGAACUGUCAGGAUCGAGUAGUUUGCCCAAAUUGGAAUACAAAGGCCAUGCAGGCACCCAGAGUCCGAUGAGCACAGAGAGCCCCAGUUCCCCCCAGCAGAAGAGUGAAGGCCUGGGGUCCAGGCACAGACCAGUGGCCAGGGUCAGCCCCCACUGCAAGAGACCCGAGGCUGAGGCCAGGCCCAGCGGCUCAGGGACGGUCAACCUGACCGGCAGAGCCAGGGAACCAUGUGGUCUGGACUUGAAAAUCCAGGCCACAUCCAUCAAAGUGACCGUCCCUGGUUUUCAGCCAGGUGGAACCAUGGAGAAGGAAUCCCUGGGAAAGCUGACCACCGCGGAUGCUCAUGUCCCAACCAACAGUGGCCCAGCCAGUGCUCUGUCCCACCCGGACACCAGACACCGCACAGAGAACCUGUCCAAAGUUGCACCAGAGCAGGGGCAACAACCCGUGACUGGACUGGACAGCUCCCCAGACCUCAUCCUGCCCCCGGGGAAGAAGGGGGCCACACACCCCGACCCCAGCAAGACCUCAGUAGGUGCAGAGCAAGUCGGUCAGCCCGAGGACGCUGGCCAGCCUGGGUCACCCGGGGGCUCCAAGUCCAAGGGUAGAUCUCCAGUCAGACUGGCCCGAGAGGGCAGCAUGUCCCCAGGGGAGAAGGCCGCGGCCCCUGCUGACUUCAGCAAGACCGCCUCAGAAGCCAGCGUGCCCCACAGCACCAGGAGUGCAGCUGCUCUCAGGGGAGCAGGACCCAGCACAGAGGGAGUGACACCAGCUAGUACCAUCCUGUCACGAGACCUCCUCACAUCCCAGGAAAAGAGACAGGGAGCAUCCAGUAACCACAGCGAGGCUUUGGAAACGACAGGAAUCCGUGCACCUGAAAACUCGCGGGAGUCUGCUCUGCUGGAGGGAACAGAUUGUGUGUCCACAGGGACACUGCAGGCCAGCCUCUCUCUGCUGAGAUCCACUGACACGACCAAAGGAGCGUGUGGCAGUGUCUUGGGGCACUGCUGCCCAGCGGGGAGUAGAGAGAGCCCUGUGACAGACAUCGACAAACUCAUCAGGGAACUGGAUGCUUCUGAAGCCAGGUCUCCAUCUUCCCAGAGAGGACAGCGUGGGAGUCCGGAGGGCAGUUCUCAGGGCCACCCGCCAGCAGGAGCUGGAGGCGGGAGUUCCCGCCAGGCCGAGCCCAUUGUGGUCACCGAGGGCCAGGUGUCCUCCCCGAGGAGGCCCCGGGCUGCGGGUCCCCUCCCCCAAGCACAGUGGGCCUCCCAGGCUUCAGUUCUGGAUUCAGUUAAUCCUGACAAACACUUUACUGUGAACAAAAACUUUCUGAGCAACUACUCUAGAAAUUUUAGCAAUUUUCAUGAAGACAGCACCUCCCUCUCAGGCCUGGGUGACAGUACAGAGCCAUCUCUCUCUUCCAUGUACGGUGAUGCUGAGGACUCGUCUUCUGACCCCGAGUUGCUCACUGAAGCCCCACGAGCUUCCGCCAGGGACAGCUGGUCGCCUCCGGCCUCCCAUGGCUCUUCUCACAAGCAAGAUGCUCUGGAGUCCGAGGAGGAGCAAAUUGAAAUCUGUUCCACGAACGGCCGCCCCAAUCCGCCCUCGAGUCCUGCUCAGCCCUCGGCCCAGGCCGCCGCCUGCCCUGCCUCAGCCAAGGUUCUGGCCCCGAGACACAGCGCCCCGAGCGAGCCGGUGCAGAGUCCGCGCGACAGAGCCGCCCUCGUGCCGGGAGCCUCACGCGCUUCAAUCCCAAACCCUUCCCCGCCAUUUGCACUCUUGGACCCAAGCUCUCGGGAGCACGAAACUCACGUGGACAUAAGCAUUUCACAGAACCACGGGCCACAGGCCUUGUGUGCACAAGAAACAGUGGAAGCCACCAGCGCUAGCUCGGCCGUGGAACACAGUCCGCCUUCUGACGUCACCAGACAUCUCCACAAGCCCCCGGUCACUCUCAGCUGCCCCAACAUGGUAAAUGGUUUGGAACACGACCUGCUGGGUGAUGAAGCUCCACAUAAACGUGAAACAAACAUUAACGCAACUGAACACCCGUCCUCCUCAGCUGUGGAUGUCCCUAAGAUUGGAGAAUCUGUUUUGGCAAACCUACACAUCUCUGAAAGCCAAGACCUGGAUGACUUGCUACAGAAGCCAAAAAUGAUUGCCAGGAGGCCCAUCAUGGCCUGGUUUAAAGAAACAAAUAAAAAUACGCAAGGUAUGCACGUGCACGGCAAGGCUGAGAAGGAGCAGUCCACGACGCCAGCCAGGAGUCCCGACUCCAAAACUCAGCUGUGGAGCUCAAGCCACACGAAAGGGGCCGCUGUGCUGCACAGCCCUCCGCAGCCGAAAACGAACCUGGAAAAUAAAGACCCAUCUAAGAAAAGUCCAGUGGAAACGCUUCUGAGUGGCUGUCCGAAACCCAAGUGCGGCCCUAAGCUGAAGAGGCUGAGCAUCAAGAGCAAAGGCAGAGUCGGCACCGACGCCCCCGGCACCAACACUGCGAAGGCUGGGGGCCUGGACCACAAGAAGCCCCUCACUUCCCCCCAGGCCUCCCAUAAAAUGCUCUCUCAGGGAGCAUCACAGCAGUUCCAGCUGGCUGACCACGAGGAACCCGACAAAAACGCCGCCGCCUCUCCCCAGUGUGCGCUGGAGAGCAAGCCGCCCCUUGCUGCCGCGGGGUCACUGAAGCCCUCGGCAUCAGACACGAGCAUCAGGACGUUCAUUUCAGUCCUGACCUCCCCCAAGACCCUUCCUGAGCAGGCUGCAUGCAGUGGGUCCCACAUGGCUGUCCACUCAGAACCCGACAGAGGCUGCCCCACUGCCCCCAGAUCUCCCAAGUGUGGACCAGAGGGCAGGGCACCCCGUGCCGAUUCCGAGCUGGGGAGCUCCAUGGCACCCAGGAGCAGCGUGUCCACAGCAGGGAGCAGGCAGGGCGAGCAGCGCCCACCCAGCCACACGGUGUCAGCAUCAGACGCGGCCCAGCCCAGGCUGACUGGUGAGAAGGGAAGCAACACAAUUGCUAGUGAUGCCCUAGAAAGAACAAACCAGCUGAAAAUAGUUGAGAUUGCUUCUGAAAGCGCGCCAAAGAAUGCAUGUGGUGACAAGCCAGCUCAAUGUGACAGGCAGGGAGGGUCCUCUGCCCAGAGCAACUACCAGGAGAGGAGUGAAAUCAGACUCUGUCACCAAUUAGUGGAAUCGUCCCCAAAUCAUCUGUCCUUACUCGCCUCUCAUGCCUCCCAGGGAGAGCAAGAAAUGCAGCGAUCCUUCAGCAUGGCGAAACUGGCUUCCUCCUCCUCCCCCCAGCUGCCUGCUAAAAAGGCAGAUUCCUCCCAGGGAAAAUCCAGCCAGAGGUCAGACUCCCUAGGGGUGCCCAAGAAUGGCAGAGCAAUGGGCCCCGCGGGGGAGGACCAACCGUACUUCACACCAAGGCCAGCAACCAGGACCUACUCCAUGCCCGCCCAGUUCUUAAGCCACUUUGGACGGGAGGGUCAUUCUCCACACAGCCCCGGUCGCUCUCCUCGGGACAGUCAGGUCCCUGUGCCAGGCGGUGGUCUCCCCGAGGCAAAGGCAUGCAAAGCUGGUAUUCUUGGCCUGGUUAACGGACAGGGUGUAUACAGUGUGAAGCCUCUACAGGAAACAUUGAGGAACCUUCCAGCAACAGAUGAAGGAGAUGCCAUUUCAGUCCAGGAGAUGAGCUGCCUAGUCACAGACAAAAUCAAAGUCACCAGAAGACAUUACUGCUAUGAACAGAACUGGCCCCAUGAAUCUACCUCAUUUUUCUCUGUGAAGCAGCGGAUCAAGUCUUUUGAGAAUUUGGCCCACUCUGACCGGCCCACCGCCAAGUCCGGGGCGCCCCCUUUUCUGUUGGUGAGCUCCAAGCCUCCCAUUGGGAGACGCUCUUCUGGCAGCAUUGCUCUGGGGAGUCUCAGCCACACCGUGGACGCAGCCGCAAGGUCACUGAGACGCAGCUUGAGCUCCUGCAGCGAAAGCCAGAGUGAAACCAGCGUCCUUCUCCCCCAGAUGACCAAGUCCCCAUCCAGCAUGACGCUGACCGUCUCCCGACAGAAUCCACCAGAGACCAGUAGCAAAGGCCCUGGUUCCGACCAAAAGAAGUCCCUUGGUCCUUCAGGAAUUCCCACCCCAACAGCAACCCCAGCCUCUCCCAUCAAGAGGAACAAGUCCUCAGUGCGCCACGCCCAGCCCUCGCCUGUGUCCCGCUCCAGGCUGCAGGAACUGAGAGCGUUGAGCAUGCCGGACCUCGACAAGCUCUGCAGCGAGGACUACUCGGCAGGGCCCAGCGCCAUGCUCUUCAAAACCGAGCUGGAGAUCGUCCCCAGGAGGUCGCCCGGCUCCCUGGCUGGAGGCCUUUCAUGUCCCGAGAAGGGGGGGAAUGGAGCCUGUCCAGGAGGAAGUGGCCCUAAAACCAGUGAGCCUGGGACACCCAGUCCAGCCGGUGAUACAGGCAGAACUGCCCAGGAUCUGCCUUCCGGAAAAAGCUGGUCAGUUAAUUUGGAUCGACUUCUAGUCUCGGCAGGGGAACAGCAAAGAUUACAGUCUGUUUUAUCGUCAGUGGGAUCAAAAUCUACUGUCCUAACUCUCAUUCAGGAAGCAAAAGCACAAUCAGAGAAUAAAGAAGAUGUUUGCUUCAUAGUGUUGACUAGAAAAGAAGGCUCAGUUCUGGGAUUCAGUGUGGCCGGAGGGGCAGACGUGGAGCCCAAAUCAGUCAUGGUCCACAGGGUGUUUUCUCAGGGGGCGGCUUCUCAGGAAGGGACUGUGAGCCGAGGGGAUUUCCUUCUGUCAGUCAAUGGCACCUCAUUGGCCGGCUUAGCCCACGGGGAUGUCCAGAAGGUUCUGCACCAGGCACAGCUGCACAAAGACGCCCUCGUGGUCAUCAGGAAAAGGACUGAUCAGCCCAGGCCCUCCGCCAGGCAGGAGCCUCCCACGGCCAAUGGGAAGGGCUCGCUGUCCAGAAAGAUCAUCCCCCUGGAGCCUGGCAUUGGGAGAAGCGUGGCUGUACACGAUGUUCUGUGUGUUGAAGUGCUGAAGACCUCGGCUGGGCUGGGAUUGAGUCUGGAUGGAGGAAAAUCGUCGGUGUCUGGAGACGGGCCCCUGGUCAUUAAAAGAGUGUACAAAGGUGGUGCAGCUGAACAAGCUGGAAUAAUAGAAGCUGGAGAUGAAAUUCUUGCUAUUAAUGGGAAACCCUUGGUUGGGCUCAUGCACUUCGAUGCCUGGAAUAUUAUGAAGUCUGUUCCAGAAGGACCUGUGCAGUUAGUAAUCAGAAAGCAUAGGAAUUCUUCGUGAAUUUUAACAAGAAUGUCCUUUUAUCAGUUCUCUUCUUACUUCAGCAAAUCAGAAUGAAUUCUUUAAACACAAUGAGUUCUUGAAACAAACAUUGGUAUAGACAAGGACUAUAAAAAUUUCCAAGUUUAUACUUACACGUGUAGCCUGACCUAUUGUAUGUGCAACAGCAAUGAAGUUGAACUCUGGAAGCCUUCCACCUGGAUCACUCAGGCCAGGAGGAGUCCCUUUCAUUCCAGUGCCUGUCCCCUACCUUUUAUGUCCACCAAUGGGGAUACAAGAUGUGACAUGCCCUUCUUCAUUUGAAACAUUUGGCUAGACCUUUGCAUCCCUCUUGCCAGCUCUCCCAACUAUACCUAAUCCUGGUGAUUAGGUAACUAACAAAGUCUGAGGGUAACACUAAUGGUACAGCUAAAAGGACUAUAGUUUUAUAUAAUUUUUGUAAGUAAAUGAUAGUGCUUUUAGGCACAUUCAAUGGAAGGAGGAGCUACAGGUCUAUAUAUGUUACCCUGAAAAUAGAAUGAGAUUUAAAAUGAAUUAUGACCUAAUUGUUAGGCUAAGCUCAGGAAUUAUCUGAAAAUGAAAAAGCAAAAUACAGAAAGUAAUAUUUUUUGAGUGUAAUGUAUAAUGUAUGCAGAGUUCAACUCAAUGGGUUAUUGAUCACCGUGACACGUUGAUCAUUUCCUAAGUCAUAAGGCUGUUUUACGAAAUAGCACUUCUGAUAACUGUACUAAAUAGCCGUGAGCUUUGCUGCUUACAAGGAGCAGAAAGUUCCAGAUCUGAAAGCACCUUAUAUAGAGUUUUCAAGACUAAUCAACACAAGAACAGGCAAAAAUAGCAGUCAUUGGGUUUCCAUUCUAUAUAUUAUGCACUCCAACCAUUAAAUUUUCAGAAAUCAAGUAUCUUUUUAAUUGUCCUUAUAUUUAUAAACAUAGGCAUUAUAGUUACAAUCCAAAUAGAGGAGCUUACAAUAAUCCUUUUAGGGGACUUUUUUUGUUUGGUUUGUCUCCUCUUUCCCACCAUGUUUAAGAAAUAUAACAUUUCUGAGCAUUGGCUCUCUUUUCUUGACCUGGUGUAAUGACAUAACUCUGCAAUGACUGGAGUUUUUGCUGUUCGUGUUUUGCAAAUUCUCGCUUUUGCCAAAAAUGUUUUCCUGCAGAAGACUGUUGUGACUCAUGCUGCUAGUGGAACUCGCCCUGGCUGCUCCUUUCAAAGCACGAUCUUCAUAGGAGCCACUGUGUUCACCAUCACAAAGUUGGCUUUUCUCCCCUCGUACUGUACCUUAUUUUCUUGAAUACAUCCCAACCUCACCAGCUUUAUCAAAAUGUCAGGAGGAGGAGGAAGAAAACAGGGUGAGUGACUGUCAAGGUAAAGGAGCAGAACUACGUAGUUACAACCAAAAUUUUCAGGUAGCACAGACCAACUCGCUGAGUCCUGGGAAUACGGGUGGAGACUGCAUUUGUCAUACCUGCACACACGAUUACACUAGAAUUUUAUGUUGGAAACAUUUCUUUAAAUAACCCACAGCUUGGGUCUAUGGCUGUGACCCCCAGGUCAUGCUGGUGCUUGAACUGUUACCUUUGUACAUCAUUUUCUGAGUGACCAAUCCCACUAAGCAUCUGUGGAGUCAGCCUAGAGAGGUCCUUCACAUGGGACUGAAAGAUCUGGCUUGUCUGAGCCCAGAUUUCUCAUUUUUCAACAGGUUAUACAAAGGAGAAUGUAGUACAGCAGUUAGCUAGAAAGGUCUGAUUUAGCUUCUACUUUUCACUACAAUUACAGGUAGGAUACUAUAGGAAGUCAGUGCAAGGUGCAUGCUAGCUUGUUUUUUUAAGUCUCUACGGUCAGUUUCAUGGUUUAUGCUUUCUUGCCUAAAUGACAAGAGACUAUUUGAAGUCAACACUGAAAACCAUUUUGAGCCUCCACUCUUACAGCUAUGCCUACUAAUAAGAAAUGCCCAGUCCUGUGUGAGCAGACAGGAAUUUCUAGAUCAGUGUGGAGCGAUGGAAUGAAUGGUCUCCUUCCCAGAGUCCUUGAUCCUCUUACCAAGAGAGUACAGGGUAGACCUCUGGCUUACUACACUUGUUAAAGUCUUCAGCCAUUUCUAUUAGAUCUUGCCAGAAGGGUUUCCUGGCCAACAGUUGGAAUUUAAGGGGAAGAAGCAAAAGCUAAACUAUCUUUGACCCUGAGAGAGAAUGCUAUUUAUUUGUCUUCAGUGUUCAAGGCAUGACUUGUAUUUCUAAUUAGUCUAAUAAAUUCCCACACUUCCUGAAGUGAACACAAAUGGUGUUGUCCUACUAAAACUGUCUUUUUUUUUUUAAACUGGUCAUUCACAAUAAGCUAUGAGGGUAAAUAUGUGUUAUAACAUGUAAAUCAUAGUUGCAAGAAUAUACCAUGAAGAUUGAAGUAGGUUGGGUUUCAUUUCCAUCUUCUCACUCACAUGUCAUUGAAUUUCAUGGUUGAUUCAGUUGGCACCACACCUGUUGUAUGAUAUUAUAUAUUAUCCUUUAUUUAUGUAAAAUAAAAUGCCUUAUAUAUUAAAGAGUAAGUGCAAUAAUAUGAAAUAGCUUGUACAUUUUAAAAAAUGUUGUCGUCAAGUUAUGUAAAUCCACACCUCUGUAAACAACUUUUUUUAAGUAAUUUUAAAAGAAUAAACACUCUGCUUACUACUUG